AUGUCAUCGCCCGAGGCCGAUCUCAGAUCGCAUAUCGAUGACAGUCCGCCGUCUACCAUGGACGGCAGCCCUUCCUCAGCAGCAGAGACCCAAAGCAGCACUCUGUCAGAACAGCCCAGCCAUUCUCGUGGUCUCUCGCCAGGGUCUAUCGAUGUUCUUGGCACGCUCCUCAGUGUUGCUGCGGCCGCGACGGCGGCGUCCUUGUUCUCUCCUGGGCUCAGUCUGAACAACCCGAACAGCCCACCCAGUUCGAACCCAUCCUCGAGCCCACCGUCUCCGCAGACAAGCACACGGCCACUUUCCCCGACUCCUACCGCAGGUCUAGGCGCUUUAGGCGGACUUGGUGGCUUAUCAGGUCUGGGUCUGAACUCGAACCCUACUUCAGCGCCACAGGACAGCAGGGACCGCAUUCGGAAUGUUUGGGACAGUAUUCGGGAACGCGUUGGCCUGAACUCGCGUAGUAAUGGUCCGUCUGAUCGACCAGCAGAGGAUGGGCCUGGUGCUACUACACCAGGAGGCGGCAACCCACGCAUGCGUCCGGGCGAGAUGAUGCUUGCAGAGAUGGCACGAGCGCUGAAUGCGGGUCUUGGUCUGGCUCACAACCCCAGCAACAGCACCAGUGAGAGAAGGCAGGAGUCCGCCAGCCCACCGCAUGCUUUCUUCCCGUCGAUUACAGACUCUGGCGGUAGUCCUCCUGAGGGCAGUUUUGAGCGAUUCCUCGCGAACCUGCAGAACGACCUCAGGACGAUCCUCGGCGAAGAACCUUCCACUGUAGCCUCUCAGGGUGCCGAUGUCUCUGUGGAGCCUCCAUCCGGGAGUCCGGAUGUCGUGGAACAGGCGCAAGCACAAGAACCGGAACGAGUAGCGUCUCGUCCUCCAACCCCCAUACCCUUACUGGGGAAUGAUGACGAUCCUCCGCCGCUCGCCGACGACGCCGACUCUGAUUCUGACGAGAGCUUCCAUGAUGCUGAUGGUGCAGGAUCCGACAGCUCUGAUCAUCAGACUAUCACAGACCAGCCACUUCGUACACCAACUCCCAUACCCGACUCCAUCGCCCAGGACCAUCCUGCUCAUACAGAACCAGCUGAGAACCGACGUCGCGAACGUCCUGCCAUCAACUUGUGGCGCAUAUAUCGUUUCGAUCCAAUCCCUGCAACGCACGCACAGACACAGGCGACUGUUUCGCCUCGACCAGGCGGCAACAGCUUCGCUUCUGUACAUGAGACCGGUCUGGGUGCUUCGACGUCGGGACCACCGCCACUGACGCGCUCGUCCUCCAGUGAGAGCGAAUCUGGGCCCGACUCGCCGCGCUCGCCUCUGACAGACAUCCCGACGCUCAAUGCACAUGCGAGUGUCGUAGUUCCUGUGAUUGUCGUGGGCUUGCAGUCUGUCGACGUAGUGGAAUCAGACGAACCGGAAGAUGAGGCGACGCACAUACAUCCUAGGCCGAGUUCACCGACCGACCAAGCUGCUCCCGCUGAGGAUGGCUCCUCAAGGCCCACGACGCCCCGCGGGCGCCGAUGGCCGUCGAGGGCUGCUAAUGCGCUGCGGACAUGGCGCCCCGGCAGGCGAGGUUCGCAGGCACGGCGUAACGCGGACGGCAGUGGGUCGCGUACAUUCCUCAUAUAUGUCAUUGGAGGGUACUAUCCUCCCAACCACCAUAUGGUGACGGGUUCUGACAAUCUUGACUCGUACGAAGCCCUGUGGGAGCUUGCUGAACUCCUCGGUCAAGUCAAGCCCCCAACUGCGACGCGGGAGGACAUCGAUAAGUCGGGCUUGCAGAUCGUCAAGGCGUCCGAGCUACCGAGGCUUGAGGAGGAAGGUCGCGUAGCGUCGAAUUGCGUUGAUAGGUGUCUUGUAUGUCUGGACGACUACGAGCCGGAUACCGAGCUUCGUCUGAUGACAUGUCGCCACGCGUUCCACAAGGACUGCGUCGACAAAUGGCUUCAGAUUGGCCGCAACAACUGUCCCGCAUGUCGCACAAAGGGUGUGAAUGUCCCAGGCGACCCGCCAUCCACGACCCCUGAAGCUGCCAUCGCGUAG